AUUCUCCAAAUUUAAUCUGAGAGCAUCCAUCAGGUUAAAGUGGGUCUCACGAUUUCAGGUGUUGCUGUAAAGUAUUUAAUAAGCUUUAGAAAUGGAUUUAGUUAUGUCUCUGCUAAGACUUUUUGAUUCAAAUUUAAUUCUUUUUUUCUUAUCCUUGAAAAUGCUUCCAUUUUAAAAUUGUCCUUUCAAGGAUUGAAAAGUGCUUGAUUUUUGGGCACAGUUGUUGAAACUGCUUAAAACUGUAACUGCCUUAAAAAAUAUCUGAAUAGUUAACUUAUGAGAUGGAAACGAACCUGCACGUCUGCAUAUGAGCAUCUCCCCAGAAGACAGUCUGUGAGAGAGUGAGCGGACCUUUAGGAGGUCACAUUUUUUUAACCGGCCAGAGUGGGGCUUUAAUUAUUGUUGGCUGGUUGGCUAGAAAACCGCAAAUUCCAGUAAUGGAUAAGACCAGUAUGGAAUUAUAAUUAAGUCAGAAGAAAACAAUCCUUGCAAAUUCCCCAAGCGUAGGUAUUCACUUCUCGCGAGUAAAUUCAACAACUCCUGUGCGUUGAAAGUGUAUGAACCCUAUUUAUUGUCUUUGCUUGACCUUAAACUUUUCCACAAUGCAUAUUUGGACUCUGACUUACUGAAAGUCCCUAUUGAUACAAUUAAAAUACUUUAAAUUACCAAAGUUUAAUAUCCAACAUGCCACAAAAAGAAAGAUUUUCUGUAGUUUCAUCAUUAUAAUCAUUAAUUUUAUUUAUGUCUUCUGUUACAGAUCAAUUCAGCCUGCCUUCCCCCCUCCACCUUGUCUGCUACCUCACUGAAAUAAAAUGAAUAGAAAGACUCUACCUGUCUCCAACUCCACCUUAAGAAGGAGGGCCCGUGUAGACGUAGAAAACCGACUUAAACAAAUGCGGGAUGACGCCACAAAUUUAAUUGACUUUCAGAUGACAACAGAGAGGAACCUUGACCAUGGACACAUCAGUGAAGAGCAUUUUCAUGAAAGUCAAACUGGAACUGAUAAUCCACACUGUCUAGACACUGAAACCGGUGCUGGUUUUAGUGAGCAAGAUGGCAUGGAGAUAGAUCUAGGCCUGUCUGAGGAUUUUGAGGAUGCUGCUUGUGAUGUUCAGACUCAGACAUCUGAGUCUGAUCAUUUUGAUGAUGAACUCCAAGACUCGGUUUCACUCUCUGACAGUUUAUCCCACUGGGCCAUACAAUUUCGUAUUUCCUUGGUCGCUUUGACAGCAUUAUUGGCCAUACUUCGCAUUUACCAUUCUGAUAUUCCAAAGGAUGCUAGGACACUCCUCAGAACUGAGACAGAAUACUCAAUUCUUGAAAGGGCUGGAGGACAGUACCACUAUUUUGGCAUUCUGGCUUCUCUUAGAAAUACAUUGUUAAAGUUCAAACACACGUUAGCAGACAGUUUCACUUUGAAGUUGCAAAUCAACAUAGAUGGACUUCCUUUGUUCAAGAGUUCUUGUCUGCAGUUGUGGCCCAUCCUUGGUCUACUAUUAAGUGUUCCCAUGAAGGAACCUGUAGUUAUAGGUUUGUUCUGUGGACCAAAGAAACCAAGUUCAGCAAAAGACUUCCUUGAAGACUUUGUUACAGAGUUACAACAGCUUGAAAAUGGUUUUGAUUUAGAAGGUAAACAGUUAAAUCUCAAGCUGCAUACAGUCAUCUGUGACACACCAGCCAGGUCCUUUAUUAAAAACACAAAGAACCACAAUGCCUACCAUGGAUGUGACAAAUGUGUGCAGCCUGGAAACUAUAUUAACAGACGCGUGACAUACCCAUGUGCAGACUAUGCCCUACGGACAGAUGAAUCAUUCACAAACAUGGCCGAUGAGAGUCAUCAUCAUGAAGGACCACAUCCAUUUAUUGGCAGUAGUGUGGGUAUGGUUUCACAGUUCCCUCUAGAUUACAUGCAUUUAGUUUGUUUAGGAGUUGUUAGAAGAAUGCUACACAUCUGGCUCAGGGGUCCUCUGAAUUUUCGAUUGCCUGCGAGCAUAGUGGAAAGAAUGUCAGCAAAACUGUUAGAAAUGCGUUCCUUUAUUCCUGUAGAGUUUGCACGGAAGCCCAGAUCUCUGAGGGAAUUGGAUCGUUGGAAGGCCACAGAAUUUAGACAGUUUCUCCUGUACACAGGACCUGUAAUGCUAGGCACAUUUCUGGAUCAAAAUAUGUACUAUAAUUUCAUGCUACUCUUCUCUGGUGUUGCUAUUUUAGUUAGUCCUAGACUGUCCUGCCACACACAGUAUGCCCGUACUUUGCUGAAAUGUUUUGUUAGUCACUUUGGUGAAAUAUAUGGAAAAGAUCAAAUUGUUUAUAAUGUACAUGGUUUGGUACAUCUAGCAGGUGAUGUGCAACUACAUGGUUGUCUGGACUCAUUUUCAGCAUUUCCUUAUGAAAAUUAUCUGCAUAAGCUUAAAAAGCUCAUCAGGAAACCAGAGUUCCCCCUUGCCCAAAUAAUCCGUCGAUUGUCUGAAAUUAGAAUUAUGGAAGCUCCUUUAAGUUGUACCUCUUUUAAAAAGCCACAUUAUGUUGGAUCAAUUAUAGGUGGACUGUCAGUGAAAGCACAGUAUGGUGAAAUGACCUGUGAUAAGUGGACUGUUAAAGUUUCAACUGGGGAUAAUGUUUUUGUUAUUGGAAAUGAUAUUUGUUGUAUACAUAACAUUGUAGAGUGCAGUGAUGGAGUCUAUGUGGUAUUCAAGGAAUUCUCAGAUAAAUCUUUGUUCUUUGAUUAUCCAUUUAACUCUGACUAUCUGAAUAUUUAUAAAAUUUCACAAACAUCAGAUUCAUUCAAGUGUGUUAAAGUGUCAGAGCUUGUUGUAAAAUGUACUGUUUUGCCUCAUAGAGAUGGUUUUGUGGCCAUACCAAUGUUCUAUGCCUUUUAGGGACACAUCAGAUUUUUCUCUGUACCUGUCUAUUGUCCUUGCUGGCAGUAUAACUUAAUAGCUAUUAAGGCUGUUUUUUUUCUAACAGGCAUUUAAAAUGUCGAGGAUGAUACCAUUUUGUUAUAUUAUUUUCUAAGCAAAGCAAUUGUGGUAGUGUUGCUGGUUGCAGCUCUUUUUUUUGUUAUUUGUUGUUGUUUGAUUUCUUUUUCCACUUCAAGAUGUUCCAUUUGGUCGAGUUCCAGAGCAACAAAGCAGUAGCAGUAGUACCAGAAAACUGGUGCUGUGAUGGUGCUACCUACUGGCCCAACUAUAGAAAUGAUGAAAGAGCGGAUAAGGCAGUAAAAAAUGUAGAGGA